CAGGUUUACUAAAUUCUAGCAAUUUGAUCUCAUCGGGUUAUUUACAAUUCGUUCUAUUCCCACCACAAACCCUCACAUCAUAUCCCCAUGGCGUCUCGGCGGUUAGCACUAAACCUUACUCAAGGACUGCGCAACCGCGCUGCUCCCAAUGUCGUAUCAGGACUGAGAAGAGGAUUCGCGACUCCAGUGAUAAAAAAUGGCGUGAAGACAGAGACCACAACUCUUUCAAACGGUCUAACGGUAAGGCUUGGAUAUAGCUGAUGGAGGGGCAAGUGCUGAUAAGAAGAAAGAUUGCUACAGAACACUCGCCAUGGGCACAAACCUCGACAGUUGGUGUAUGGAUCGAUGCCGGUUCUCGGGCAGAAACGGACAAGACAAAUGGCACAGCUCAUUUCUUGGAGCAUCUUGCCUUCAAGGUAUGCUUCGACUUGAAUGAGAACCCUCUAGAUGGACUUACAAUGAGAAUAGGGAACUAGCAACCGAACACAGCAUCAAUUGGAAUUGGAAAUUGAGAACAUGGGUGGCCACUUAAAUGCCUAUACUUCCGUAUGUUUACAUUUACUUGGAAAGAGCAGGAAUUUUGCUAAUGGUAUGGAAAGCGUGAAAACACAGUUUACUACGCCAAGGCAUUCAACUCUGACGUACCAGCAACUGUCAACAUUCUUUCCGAUAUUCUCCAAAACUCCAAACUCGAACCUUCGGCAAUCAACAGAGAGCGUGAUGUUAUCUUAAGAGAAUCCGAGGAGGUCGACAAGCAAUUGGAGGAAGUCGUUUUCGAUCACUUACACGCAACCGCUUUCCAAGGACAACCUUUAGGACGCACAAUUUUGGGCCCCGCUGAAAACAUCCAAUCCAUUCAAAGAGAGGAUUUGGUAAACUACAUUAAGACAAACUACACUGCCGAUCGUAUGGUUCUCGUUGGUGCCGGAGGUGUUCCUCACCAGCAACUCGUUGAACUCGCUGAGAAGCACUUUGCUGGUCUCGCAUCCCAACCACAUUCAGCCGCUGCUCUCGCAGCCGCCAAUGCUCAAAAGCAAAAGCCAGAAUUCAUUGGUUCCGAGAUCAGAAUCCGUGACGACACUAUCCCAACUGCCAACAUUGCCAUUGCCGUUGAGGGAGUCAGCUGGAAGGAUGAUGAUUACUUUACUGCUUUGGUUACUCAAGCUAUUGUUGGUAACUGGGAUAAAGCCAUGGGCAACGCUCCUCACAUGGGAAGCAAGCUCAGUGGUUUCGUCCACAAGAACGAUUUGGCCAACAGCUUUAUGAGUUUCUCAACAAGUUAUAGCGAUACUGGACUCUGGGGUAUCUAUCUGGUCACCGACAAGGCUACCCGUAUCGACGAUUUAGUUCACUUUACUCUCAGAGAAUGGUCUCGUCUAUCAUACAACGUUACUGAGGCCGAAGUUGAGCGUGCCAAAGCCCAACUCAAGGCAUCCAUUCUUCUUUCCUUAGAUGGUACCACUGCUGUAGCCGAGGAUAUUGGAAGACAAAUUAUCACCACUGGACGCCGUAUGGGACCAGAGGAGAUUGAGCGUGUUAUUGGAGCCAUCAGCGAGAAGGAUGUUAUGAGCUUUGCGCAAAGGAAAUUGUGGGAUCAAGACAUCGCAAUCAGUGCUGUUGGAUCAAUUGAAGGUAUGUCUAUCAAAUUUAUUUCACUGUUUUUUCUUCCAAAUUACUGACAAAUUUAGGUCUCCUCGACUACCAACGUAUAAGAAACGACAUGAGCAGAAUGGCAUCAUAGAUUGGGAUUUAGAUGGGUUUGGGGCAUGAGCGUGUAUGAUGCGGGGUUUGUUGUACACAUAGAUCCUCAAUAAAAUUUGCUCAUUUUGUUCAGACGACCUGAGACAUGGAUAUCGCCAAAGUCAUAAUUAUGAAUAAAACAACUAUGAAGACAAUGAAGAUG